AUGCUCACCUUCCUCGCUGUCCUGCUCGGCGCGAUCGCGUCCAUGGGUGGCUUCAUCUUUGGCUACGAGUCUGGUCAAAUCUCCGGUUUCCUCGCCAUGGCCGACUUCCUCGCGCGCUUCGGCGAGAACGGCCAGUUCAGUGCUGCGCGCCAAGGAACAAUCGUGGGCUUGCUCUGCAUCGGUACGCUCGUUGGCUGUCUUGCCUCUGGAUGGAUCUGCGAUCGCCUUGGCCGCAAGUGGACCAUCUCUUCCGCGGCGUUCUUCUAUAUCAUUGGUGUUGUUAUUGAGGUUUCGUCCGAGAAGCAAUGGGUGCAGUUUGCGAUGGGACGAUUCACCGCUGGGAUGGGUAUUGGUGCGCUGAGCACGAGUGUGCCGAUGUAUCAGAGUGAGAGUGUACCGAAGAAUAUUCGAGGUGCGACGGUUGCUUCGUAUCAGCUGAUGAUAACGCUUGGUAUUUGGACUGCUUAUAUGAUCAACUGGCACACUGAAGCUGCUUUCGGCAACUCUGCCCAAUGGAGAAUCCCCAAUGCUCUUUCCAUGCUGUGGGCUCUCAUCCUAGGCGGUUCCAUCCUGUUCAUGCCGGAAUCUCCACGAUUCGCCUACCGCAUGGGCCGGGUGGAGGAAGCACGGAACACAUUGGCUAGGUUGAACGGUGUCGAUCCCUACUCCAAGCUGAUUGACGACGAGGUCAAGGAAAUCGAUGAUAAGUUGAAGGCAGACAACGCUCAGGGCGUUGCCCCAUGGUAUGAGAUCUUCACCGGACCAAGCAUGCUCUACCGUACCCUUCUCGGCAUGAUCCUCCAAGCUGGUCAGCAGCUCACUGGCGCCAACUUCUUCUUUUACUACGGCACAACUGUCUUCAAGUCCACUGGUAUUGAGAACUCCUACAUCACCUCCAUAAUUCUCGGUUCUGUCAACGUGGGAGCUACCAUUGGUGGUCUCUGGAUAGUCAAGAACUGUGGUCGCCGCAAGGCUUUGAUGGCUGGCGCUGCAUGGAUGUUCAUGUGCUUCAUGAUCUACGCUUUCGUCGGCUCCUUCGUUCUCGACGCCAAUAACCCCAUGGCUACCCCCACCGCUGGUAAAGUCUUGAUUGUCUUCACCUGUCUCUUCAUCGUAGCCUUCGCCACAACCUGGGGCCCUCUCGUCUGGGCUGUCGUCGGAGAAAUGUACCCGUCCCGCUACCGUGCUCCUGCCAUGGCUGUUGCCACUGCCUCGAACUGGCUCUUCAACUUCCUGAUCUCCUUCUUCACAACCUUCAUCACGAACGCGAUCCACUACUUCUACGGUCUCGUCUUCGGCGGCUGCUGCUUGGCGCUGUUCUUCAUUGUUUAUUUCUUCAUGAUGGAGACCAAGGACCGCAGCUUGGAGGAGAUCGAUACUAUGUAUACUUCUGGCGUUAACCCACGGAAGAGCGCUGGCUGGAAGCCCAGUGUCUUGCCUGCUGAUGUUAAGGUGGCUGAGAAUAAGGAGACUGUCCCGGCUCGUUUGAUGGCCCACGAUGAGCGAGCCUUCCCUGAGAAUCCGAACUCGAAGCCGGCGAUGGCUCAGAACCCGACUCAGGCCGUUUAA